ACCAGUGCUGUUAUCCACAAAAAAGCUCUGGCCAAUCUUGGCAGACUGGCCUUUUAUCAUCUUCCAUAGCCAAUCAAAAACUACUGUAAAACAACAGAGACAGACUCCUAUAUAAGUAAUGAUUGUUAUAGUUAAACUCUGUUGGAGAAUUCUUUUCUUUUUAGAUGGGGUGUCAUUGGUAGUAAUUGUAGAACACAAAUAGCCAGAUAUGAGUGCAAUCUCCUCCAUACAGACACAAGCAACACUCAAAGCAAGACAUAUUGCAGCAUUGAACCCAUGUUUCUCUUCAUCUAAGGAAGCCUUACCUCCAUGUUUAUCUCUCUUUAAGAACCCCAUUUCAGGUUCAGGUGGUUUCUCCUCGAAGGACAAUGCUUUUCUUAGGGGCCAAUUUGACAACACACAAUUUCUGAGUUUUUGUUCAAGCCGUGCUCGGAGAAAGCAACGAGGGCUUGUUGUUUCACCAAGCUGUGUCCUUCCACUCACCGAGGAGAAUGUCGAGAAGGUUUUGGAUGAGGUACGUCCUGGCUUAAUGGCUGAUGGAGGAAAUGUGGCUUUGCACGAAAUAGAUGGCCUUGUUGUGGUAUUAAAGUUGCAAGGAGCAUGCGGCUCAUGUCCAAGCUCAACAAUGACCCUAAAGAGGGGAAUUGAAACUCGCCUCCGAGAUAAAAUUCCUGAAAUUAUGGAAGUAGAGCAGAUCCUGGACACUGAGACAGGACUUGAGCUAAAUGAAGAAAAUGUUGAGAAGGUUCUUGAUGAGAUUAGACCGUACCUUGUAGGCACGGGAGGUGGAGAACUUGAGCUUGUUCAGAUAAAUGACUACGUUGUAAAAGUUCGGCUUAGUGGACCUGCAGCUGGAGUUAUGACUGUUCGUGUUGCUUUAACUCAAAAAUUGAGGGAAAAAAUACCUGCUAUUGCAGCUGUUCAACUGCUUGAUUGAAAGGAAACAAUACGAAACAUCAUUUUUGUAAAGCUGAAAUUUGAAAUGCCAUUCACUUCCCAUAUUCCUCAUACAAGGCUAAUUGAACUCUUAAAUCCUUCCAUUAAGAUAACAUUCCAAGUAUUUUUGAAUUGAUGGAUUGUGUUUGGAGAUGUUUCUGACAGAAAAUAGCUGUUUGGGCAUAGAUUUCUUAUUAUAUUCUUAACCAAAUAGAAACAGGGUUGAUAGUUAAAUCCUUGUAUGAUAUGAGUGUCAUCAAAUUUGACUUCCUAACAUAGCAAGGGAAACAAGAGAUAACAAAAUGAAUGAACUUAACUCCAUACUGGGAAAAAAAAAAUUGACUUAAAAGAAAUAACUUUUCCACCUAAAACGCAAGUGGUAACGAUGUUUUCUUCUUGCAG